AUGGACUCAAUUUUAAACUCAGCCUUAGCAGAAAUCUGCUCGGAGCUCCAAAACGGUCUCUCUCUCCAGGCCCUCUGGCCCAGACUCGACCUUUCUCUCUCCUCCUCCAACCUCGACCUCUCUCCUCACCUCAAGCAAGCCCUAUGGGACGCCCUUCGCUCCGUCCCAACUCUCAAGUUCGACGCCAAAAACGCACCUUAUGGUCCGGCAGACCCUUCCAUUUUGUCCUUCGAAGACGCCGAGAAGCUCAACCUGAAGCUCGUGGCUGACGAGGGUCUCAGGGACAACUUCAUGGGCCUCUACAAUGUCCGCUCCGCCAAUGCCAGCUUGUCUAAGAUUCAGCGGAUGGCUCUCGAACGCCUCGUGACGGCUAGGACAAAUGGAAUUACACAAAGUCAGCUUGCUAAGGAACUUGGCAUUGAAGGGAGAAACUUUCAUUAUGCAGUGAAGAGCCUUGAAUGUCAAGGGUUAAUUGUGAAGCAAUCUGCACUAUUAAAGACAAAAGAAGCUGGUGACAGUCCGUUUGUGACUACCAAUAUGUUAUAUUUGUAUCGACAUGGGAAGCAUUUAGGCUCUCAACAGAAGAUUGAGAUCACCAAGGAAGAACAGACUAGGGAGAGUUUUGGAAAUGGAAAUGAAAGUCCUGCAAGUGGAGAUGGCUUUGCUGGAAAAUAUGUUAAAGAGGAUGUGCUUGUAAAGGACUAUCUGCCGGAAAUGAAGGCAGUCUGUGAUAAACUUGAAGAAGCCAAUGGCAAGGUUCUUGUUGUUUCGGAUAUUAAGAAAGAUCUUGGUUACAGUGGAACUCCUGGAGGGCAUAAAGCUUGGAGAAAAGUUUGUCGCAGGUUGAAAGCUGCUGGUAUCGUGGAGUUGUUUGACGCUAAAGUGAAUGAGAAGGUUGAGUGCUGCCUGCGUUUUCCAGAAAAUUCUACUCAAAUGAGUUUUGAGCCAAAAAGUCUUUCACAUGUAGAUGAUCAUUGUAAUGAAGAACAGCAGGUGAAAUACAGAAAGAGAAAGAAAUGUCAGAUCACUGAUCAGCUUGUAGAACUUCCAAUUGAGCAACAAAUUUAUGAAUUGAUAGAUUCCACAGGAUCAGAAGGUUUGACUAGGAAUGAGGUUCUGGAGAGGCUUGGAAUUAACAACAAAAAAAAUUGUAACCGGCUUGCUGGUAUGUGGUCUAGGUUUGGGAUGAAUAUACAACCAGAAAUGCACCAAAAAGCCAAGACAUAUCGAUUUUGGACAUCUGUGGAACACAAUUCUGAAUCGGCUAAUCCUUUUCUUAAUAAAUCAGAAAAUGCCAAUGAAAAUAAAAUUACUGACCUAUACAUUGGCAGCUCAGAUGCUCUUGACAGGUCAGGUCAAAGUCAAACUCAUUCAGCCUAUGAUUGUUCAACUUUGAAAGGUGAUACUGCUGGUCCCAGAAACAUGAAAAAUAGAUACAUUAAUACUGAGCCUGCUGGUGGAUCUCCUCGGUAUAGUGAAUCUAACCAUAUGCUUCUUUGUCCUGGAAAUCCCCAACCGUUGUUUCUUGAGCCAAAAGAUACUACUUGUGACAGUAAACUUAGUUUACUGAGCACAGUGGAAAUAAAUGGUGCCUCACCAGAAACACCACCUGCUGCGUUAAAGCCACUUGGUUCUGGAUCAGAUCCGAGGUAUCCAUGUCUGUCUUUGACUGAGGAUAGCACUAGAAGGGAAAAAAGGAUACUUGAGCGGCUACAGGACGAGAAGUUUAUUUUAAGAGCUGAGCUGUAUAGGUGGCUUGUGAGUCUGGAGAAGGACAAGUGCACAACAACAGACAGGAAAACUAUUGACCGAAUUUUAAAGAAACUUCAGGAACUAGGGCACUGCAAGUGCAUACAUAUUAACGUCCCAGUUGUCACAAAUUGUGGUCGUAGCCGUACCACUCUAGUGGUUCUGCACCCAUCUGUUCAGAAUUUAACUCCUGAACUAGUUUCUGAAAUUCAUGAUACAUGGAGGUCUUUUGAGAUUCAAAGUCGUGGCCAGUGCUCAUCUCGAUGGAAGAAAAGUGGAUCAGUUCCUGUACUGAAGGAUGUUCAGAGGACUCAGAACCACGUCGGUACAGAUAUCCGAGCCAUGAGAUCAGAAGCCAUGCGCUCUAAUGGAUUUAUUCUGGCAAAAAUGAUUCGUGCAAAGCUGCUACAUAGUUUCCUAUGGGAUUUCCUCUCUAGUUCCACAGGAUCUGAUGAUGCUUUAGCAUCUGGAAAAGAUGUCAUUGAGCUAAAAAAUCCUCACAGCAGAAGCAAAUUGUUUUCACUAGAGGUAGCAAUCAGGGCUAUUCCAGUUGAGCUGUUUCUACAAGUUGUGGGCUGCACUAAAAAAAUUGAUGAUAUGCUUGAGAAGUGUAAGAGGGGUUUGUGUCUUUCUGACCUUUCAGCUGACGAGUACAAGUCUCUUAUGGAUACCCAUGCAACUGGAAGGCUAUCAUUGGUCAUUGAAAUUUUACGGCGAUUGAAGUUGAUUCGAAUGGUUAGUGAUGAACAUUUGAAAGAUGCAAUUAAAGUUCCUCAUGCCAUUUCUACGCAUGCAUUGGAGUUUAAGCCUUACAUAGAGGAACCACUUUCAAAAGAUGCAAUAUCUUUGAGUUUUAGAUCUGUUGAUCUUCGCCCACGAAUCAGACAUGAUUUUGUCCUCUCAAAUAGAGAAGCUGUUGAUGAGUAUUGGCAAACUUUAGAGUAUUGUUAUGCUGCUGCUGACCCAAGAGCUGCUUUACAUGCAUUUCCUGGAUCUGCUGUACAUGAGGUGUCCCUGUACAGGUCAUGGACCAAAAUUCGAGUUAUGACAGCUGCUCAGCGUGAUGAGCUCUUAAAGCGAGUAGAGAAGGAUGAUCCAAGUGAAAAGCUUUCAUUUAAAGAGUGUGGGAAGAUUGCAAAGGAUCUCAAUUUGACCUUGGAGCAGGUGCUUCGUGUGUAUUAUGAUAAGCGCCAUCAACGUCUUCAUGGAUUGCAAAAUAAAAGGGAUGAAGUUCAACCUAAAAAAGGUAGACGUGUUUCACGAAAAAGGAAGAGAUCUUCUGAACAAGAGUCGGUAAAGUUCACAGAAACUGAUGAGGUAACUGCACAGUUGGAAGAGCAGGGGAAUGCCACAUUAUCUGACACUGUAAAACAAUUCAUUGAAGAAAAAAGUCUCUUGGUCACUUCUUCAGAUAAGCAUGACACACAUUUGGAACCAUUGGCUGAUCAUUUAGAAACCGGGCAGGAACCUGAACCAAACGAAGAUGAUGAUGGGUGCCAUUCAAUUAUUAGCAAAUGUAGUUUUUCAAACUUGAAGUCAACACGUACUUGCAAAAAAGAAAAGUUGCAGUCAACACGUCAACGAAGGUUUUCGUGGACAGAGGAGGCUGAUAGGCAAUUGAUUAUCCAAUAUGUAAGACAUCGUGCAACUCUUGGGCCAAAAUAUCACAGGAUAGAUUGGACUUCACUUCCUGACCUUCCAGCACCUCCUAGUACCUGCCAAAAACGAAUGGCAUUACUCAAAAGUAACAAAAGAUUUAGAAUAGCUGUAAUGAGGCUGUGUAACGUGAUCGGUGAACGAUAUGCAAAGUUCCUGGAAAAGACUCAGAACAGAUCACUAACCAAAGAUGAUUGUAGGCUGCUUUUGCGAGGUUCGUCGGGGGAAGAUAAUGACAGAAAUCUUCCUAAUAUCAGUAAUCAUAAUCAAGGGACGGGUGUUCAGGAAGAACCAUGGGAUGAUUUUGAUGACAAUAACAUUAAAAGAGCCCUUGAGGAGGUACUUCACUACAAGAGGAUGGCUAAAUUGGAUGCCUCAAAACGAGUUGGAUCAACCUGUCAGGACUGGUCAGAUCUUAACACAAAUGCUGAAGAAUAUGAUCCGCAGGAAUCUGAAUUAAUUGCAUCAACUACUCCAUAUGAGGAUGUUCAGAACCAUAGUGGAAGAGGGUUGAAAAUUUCUGCACGAAGAUCAUGCUGUCAACACCUUAAUGAAAAGUUUUUUAAGCUUUUGCAUGGAGUUAAUGUUAGUACACAAGUCUACAAAUCUUUGGCUGUUUCUAAUGCUGUAGAGCUGUUUAAGCUUGUCUUCUUGAGUAUCUCAACAGCACCAGAGGUGCCGAAUCUGCUCGCAGAAAUUCUACGGCGUUACUCAGAGUGUGAUCUAUUUGCAGCUUUCAACUAUCUUAGAGAUAGAAAAAUCAUGGUAGGGGGAAAUGACAGUCAACACUUUUCUCUCUCACAACAGUUCUUGCAUAAUAUUUCUAUGUCACCAUUUCCUACUAAUUCUGGGAAGAGAGCUACUAAAUUCGCUCAUUGGCUCCGUGAAAGAGAUAAAGAUCUUAUGGAAGGGGGGAUUGAUCUCUCUGCAGAUUUACAGUGUGGGGACAUAUUCCAUUUGUUUGCUCUAGUUUCUUCAGGUGAACUGUCAAUUUCCCCAUGCUUGCCAGAUGAAGGCAUGGGAGAAGCUGAAGAUUUGAGAAGCUCAAAACGUAAAAUUGACAGCAAUGAAUUUUUAGAUGGUGAUAAGACUAAAAGGCUAAAAUCAUUUGUGGCAGCAGAAGGUGAAAUUAUUUCCCGUCGAGAAAAAGGUUUCCCGGGUAUCAAGAAUAUUUUAUCUCAUUCUCACCAUAUGAAAGAAAUCCUUGAUUCAAGCAGCACUGUCCAUGUAUUAGAGAAUUGUAGCAACUCGCCUUGGGAAGGUAUGGUGCGGUAUGCUGAACAUUUGCUGCCAUCAUGUUCUUCUCAAAAUCAAUCAAGUCCCAUCCAUCCCGAGGUCUUUAGGUCCAUUUACAGUGCUAUUCAGACGGCUGGAGACCAAGGACUGAGCAUAGAAGAUGUUUCCCAAAUAACAAAUAUCCCAGGAGAAAAGAUGACUGAGUUUAUCAUUGACGUGCUUCAAACAUUUGAACGAGUCUUAAAGGUCAAUGCUUAUGACUCCAUUCGUGUUGUUGAUUCUUUGUAUCGUGGCAAGUAUUUUAUGACUUCAGUGCCAGGGAUUUGUCAAAAACUUGAACCACCUUCUGGGAGAAAACCACGAAGAGGCAAUGAUGGCGAUUUGAUCCUCCAUCCAAAAAAUUGUGAUAGUGGUUGUACUCAUUUACAGGGGGAUAUAAAUAUGAAUGUUGAUGAUGUUCAUAAAGUGACAUUUCUUAAUUUCCCUGAAGAGGUUAGUGAGCUCUCAUAUAAAAAACAGACUAGCAGUGAGCUGGAAGGCUGUAUGGAAGGCAUAGAAGUUUCACCUAGAGGGGAUGGUGAGGGUGAAUCUUCUAAAUCCUCUUCGGCUAAACUAUGUGUGCCAAUAUUACCAUGGAUAAAUGGUGAUGGGACCAUUAACAAGAUUAUCUACAAGGGACUCAGGCGACGUGUUCUUGGAAUUGUGAUGCAAAAUCCAGGGAUAUUAGAGGAUGAAAUUAUCCGCCGGAUGGAUGUACUGAACCCCCAGAGCUGUAGAAAGUUGUUGGAGUUGUUGAUUUUGGAUAAACAUAUUUCUGUGAGGAAGAUGCAUCAAACUACAUCCAAUGGGCUACCACCAAUACUAAGGACUCUCUUUGGAAGCAGCUUCACUGAACCAAAGCUGGUUUUCCGUGAGCAUUUCUUUGCAAACCCUACAAGCACGUCCUUGCUGUAG